AUGGAGAAACUCAAAUUUUCUCGGCAGGUGGAGUGGUGGCAGAAGAACAUCACCUAUCGUUUUCGAAGGCUUUGGGUUACCAUCGCCACACGUUUUGGAAUUCGUAAAACUGGGCUGAAGAAGCUAAGAAAUGAUGUGAGGACUUGUGAAUAUGAGGAUAUUCGUGUGAUGUGGGAUAUGUUGAACAGAAAUGAAUCAUUAUCAGAGUUUGGUGGUAAUUCUCCAAACAAAAUCAAGAAGAUGCAUCACUUGAAAUUGUUCAAAUGGGCAAGGUGUGUUGCUCCAUAA